AUGGUUCCAUGGAAUUCAUUUCCAUUAGAAAUAAUCUAUCAAUUAUUUGGUUGGUUAGCUUUUCUUUCAUGGUCUCUUGCUGGUUACCCUCAACUCAUCUCCAAUUUUCGUAGAAAAAGUGUGGUUGGUUUAAGUUUAGAUUAUACAAUCUUGAACUUCACAAAGCAUUGGUCAUAUCUCAUCUACAACGCUUCCCUCUUCUUUAGUCCUGUUAUUCAGAAACAAUAUUUUGAGAAAUAUGGUUAUAGACAGAUGAUUCCUGUGGCGGCUAAUGAUGUUGCUUUCUCUACUCAUGCAGUUAUAAUCAAUUUGAUUGUAUUGUGUCAAUUUGUAAUCUAUGGAAAUGGAAGUGAGAAAUUAUCCAAGUAUGCGAUUGUAAUAUUUGCUGGUGUGUGGUUCAGUGCUGCUGUUUGUUUUUUCAUAGCAUUACCUACCGAGUCUUGGCUUUGGCUAGUCUCCAUCUUCAAGUAA